AACAGACAUGUCAGUGUCACUUUGACAAGUAUUUUUAUUCUCUAGAAGCUUUUGGCCUGGAUACUAGUCUUUUGGGACACAUCACUUUGUGGUUUGAAUAUACCAAACACCUUAACAAUUAUUUGUAUAAUUAGAUUAGGCCGUGAUAAAAGUUUUUACAUCUCGUAUUUUACUACCAAAAGUUAUAAGCUAAUAAGGUUUUCGAACAAUGGUGCAGCAAGGAGUCUUAAGCUAAGCAUUUAUUUGAAGAAGCAAACUUAUAAGGACUGUGCUCAAAAUAUUGACCAAAAUAUAAGAAAAUGAAAAGUUUAAUAAUUUUAUCAGUAAUUGCAAACUAUAUGGUUAUAUUUUGUUCUGGUGACGGCUAUCACAAGAUAAUACAGAAGGUUUGUGGAAUGGUUAAAAAACAAAUACACGACGAUGAUGUUAGUUCUGAAGAAAGAGACGCCAUUUUAAAUCAAAUAAGAGACAGACUCGACAAAACUGCAAAGGCUUUAGAGUUACAAGAUACUUCACAUAUUCAACUUAUUCUUAAAGGAGUUACUUUAUUAGCAGACAAAGAAAAUUAUAAGAAGUUAUGCACCGUUCAGAAUAACACAGAUGACUAUACAACUUUAGGUAACUCUUUCGAUAGUGGUUCUUACAACACGUCCACCACUACCAACAAAUUGGAAGGUGCACUAGAAGACAUGCCAGAAAGCACACAGAAAUCCAUAUCAGAAGACACAAGCAAAGACAAUACCGAAAAAAGACAAGGGAACUUAGAGAGUAUUAUGGCUAGAAUGGAUGCUAUUGUGCAAAAAGCCGUAAUAAAUACAUCUUCAAUUGACGAAAAGAGACAAAAUGUUGAAAUCGCUAAACAGCAUAUUUUAAAAUCGUUUAGACGUGAGGCUGAAAAAGAAAAUCGUUUUGGUAAUAAGACAGAGAUGAUGGUGAAUCUUAUUGCAGCUGGUAUUGAUAGUACUCUGCAGAAAUUAAUUGUUAAUGAGUCCCGGCGUAUGAGUGCGUUACAACAGCAGCAGCAGCAACGGUUGAUUCAGAGCCAAGAGUCACUAAAAGAUGACAUCGCAAUUGAGGCUCUAGCCCAAAGUUCUAUUGUUACAGAACAACCAACCAGAAAAGUCCCGGAUGUAACGAAUAACCCAAUGCUUGUACUCACAAAAUCAUACGAAUGUAGUGACGCGAUUGAGAAUACGUGUCGUGAUUUACGGAUACUCGAUACGUUCAAGUGUGAAUACGACGGGACCAGCCUCACUACAGUGCAAGUCUGUGAUGGUUCCAUAGACUGCCCUGAUGGUUCUGAUGAGAAAAAUUGCAUAAAACAAGUUAUAACAAAAGUACACGGCGCUACUCAGAUUAUGGCAAAAGUGGAGCUAAACCGCUACUGUUUCAAGUCACUUGUCGACAAUACGAUAAUUUCGCGACAAGGUCUUUUGUUGUCUUCUAUACUGAGUAGUCAAGUGGCAUUCCUCAAGAAAUAUGAAAGUAAAGCUACGAAAACUAAUGUGAAAGCGGAUGAGUUUCCGACGGAACCCGUUGAUGAAAUCGUAAAAGAAGUUGCGGUUGUUGUGAGAACAUUUUCUACAGCACUGAAUGGUGCACUUUGUGCAGCACCUGUAGAAAAUAAUAUCAUAGAGAAAGAAUCUCCGCUCAAAGAUGAUAUGGAAGAAGAGUUUCAACGUAUACUGCACGACGCAGCCUGGACUCCAAGUGAUUGCAAGUGUGACGGAGCCUAUUGCGUGAACAGAACUUGUGUCGCCGGCUGCAAACGUUUGUGUUACGAAACCCAUACUUUAGUAACUUUCCGCUGCAAAUCUCUUAAUAAGGGUCAGAAUAGCAUAUCCCUUGAUAUGAUUUGCGACGGUAAACUUGACUGCUUUGAAGAAGCUGAUGAGCUUAAUUGCGUAGGAAACGGUUUGUCUAAAUUCGAAGGCCGAAAGCUCUUUGAUGAGGUCCUAAAUAUGAUAAAAGCGAAAGUGUUGACUAGAGAGUACGAACAUGUGAGAAACAUGUUGAUAGAGUUGGAAAACAAAGUUGCGGAGCUACUCAAGCGAAGUAUAGUACCAAAAGUGAACGUCGAGGUAUUUAAACCUCUUAGGGAUAGUUGUUUCCAGUCAUUGAAAACAAUUUAUAUGGAGAUGCUAAGCAAAUGGGUUCGUCCGAACGAUGCAAUUCCAAUAUAUGAGUUUUUGCUUAGUGUAAAUAGUAAAUUAAUAGCAGCUUUGAAGAGUACACAUACUGGUAACAACAAGGUGUCCACAGACGAUUGCUUCUGUAGGAAUGCGGAAUGUGCGGCUGCGCUCUGUUCCCCACAGUGCAUCCGAAUGUGCCAAGUGAAGAAUUCGCUCACCAAUUACGUAUGCAGUAACAGCAGCGGUACCUUCGUGGUAGCAGUUGACACCAUUUGUAACGGGAAAAUUAACUGCCCUACUGCUGAAGACGAGAUGGGCUGCAGUCCAGAGGUCUGUCGAUUCCACCACAUAAAAGUGCUUCGACAAAACAUUUUAAGCGUCGGAGAAAAAUAUAAAGGAACUAUUUUAGGAGAUGCGCUCGAUGUUUGGAAAACGAAAGUAAAAGCAAGUUUAGCAACCCUAGAAGACCGUCAAAGACUGACUCCAAAAAUGCUGAAGACCACAGUCUUUCGGAUCCUCAACGAUCUGACCCUAACAUACAUGUCCUUAGAGACCAACUACCGUCGCCUUGACACCGAACAGAUCCUAAAGAAAUUCACCAGGCUUUCGCAACGUAUCAUAGAUUCUAUAAAAUCUUGUACCAAGUAGACUUUUAUUUAGUUUAA